CGCGAUGUCUCGAUGUUUUUUUUACACAAACGCCAACGCAUAAUUUAGUUUUAGUUUAGAAUCUUUUCGAAUUAUAAUUUAUUAUACAAUUUGUUUUUAACUUAACUGGGCACCAACAAGUUUGGCUGUCGCCGCGACGGCAACUUGAAUGAACACGCACUACAGCACCUGUGCGUUAGUGUUGUUGCUGUAAAAAUUGUGUGUGUGCAAUUGGAAGUGGGCAAAGAAAAUAUAUAUAAAAAGCAAAAAUGUCGAAGAAUAAAAUAAACACAACUGCAGCGAUGGCAGCAAACGCUGAUACCAAUCUAAUUGAAGUGAAAUCAAAGUUCGAUGCGGAGUUCCGACGCUGGAGCUUUAAACGUCACGAGCCGGAACAAAGCUUCGAUAAGUUCUCCUCGCUGAUCGAACAGCUGCACAAAUUGACCAAUAUACAAUUUCUAAUACUCUACAUUGAUCCGUGCGACAACGAUCUGUUGCCCAUCAACAACGAUGACAACUUUGGGCGUGCCCUGAAAACGGCGCGACCACUGCUACGCGUCAUAGUGCAGCGUAAAGAUGAUUUGAACGAGUAUUCAGGCUUUGGCACGAUGAAGCCGCGCAAUUUAAUUGGCAGCAUACUUGGCCAUACGCCCGUUAAGACCAAAGCACCAUCCAUAUCCAUACCGCACGAUUUCCGCCAAGUGUCGGCCAUCAUUGAUGUGGACAUUGUACCAGAGACGCAUCGACGUGUCCGCCUGCUCAAGCAUGGCAGCGACAAGCCGCUUGGCUUUUAUAUACGCGAUGGCACUUCGGUGCGUGUGACGGCCAACGGAUUGGAGAAGCAGCCGGGCAUCUUUAUCUCACGUCUAGUGCCUGGUGGAUUGGCUGAGAGCACUGGCUUACUCGCUGUCAACGACGAAGUCAUCGAGGUCAAUGGCAUUGAGGUGGCAGGCAAGACGCUGGAUCAGGUAACCGAUAUGAUGGUAGCCAAUAGCUCAAAUUUGAUCAUCACUGUGAAGCCAGCCAAUCAGCGCACUCUGACCUCGACACACCGUGGCUCCUUUUCAAGAAAUAGUCAGCUAUCAAGCGGUUCACAUCAUACAAAUCAUACCAAUACAUCCGACGAGCUGGAGCACGAUGAUCAGGAUGAUAUUGUUGAUCUAACUGGUGUAACGCUCGACGAGAGUCCCAUCGGUGGCAACGGGGGAGGAGCUGCAGCAACAUCAGCAGGAGGUGUUACAGUAAACACCAACAACAGCAACAGUCAACCAGUGUCCUCGUCGCCGUCCAUGCAUCAUAAACAAGCUGCCUCGAAUGCAUCCACAAUUAUGGCCAGCGAUGUCAAGGAUGGAGUUCUGCAUUUGUAAUACAGCUGCGAGAAGAUGCAAAUCACAUGAUCAAAUGAUAAAAAAGACAAAACACACACAUACAAACAAACACACACACACACAUGUUUAAUAUAUAUGUUACAUAUGCAACACACACAAACACACAUUCCACAUUUCGUCUAACGUUUCCAUUUCCAAAUUUGUUGUGCACAGACAUUUGUUUAUUUUUAAUUCAUAUUUUUCAUAAGCAUUAAUGUCCUUGUUAAACAUAUAUACAAACAUAUAUAUAUAUAUUUAUAUAUAUCGAUAUGAGAUGUGUUACACUAGUUAAAGUGAGAUAGACAGAGAGAGAGAGAGGGCGAAGAAUCUUCCAAUUAGCUACGCCCACAAGCUCGAAACAUUGCAUUCCAUAUAUGUACACCCACACACAAACACACACACACACACACAUGUACUUACUACUUAAAAACUUAAG